ACAGCGGACGGAGCUGACAAGGGUCACCAAAUCAUCUGAAGAAAUCCACUUGCCCAGACAAUCGCCAUCCAUCGUUAGAGCUGAAGAAUAAAGUGAAGAUAUUGUGGUGCUCUUUUGGUGGCCUGACACCCAUGAGAGAGAGUCCUAUCGACCUAUCAACCCUAAUCUUCAAAGGAUUUAAUAACUAAACAAUUUAACUCUUCGCUAAAAUGAAGGUGUUCAGCAUUGCAGUUGCAGUGACACUCGUGCUCGCCUUUAUUUGCAUUCUGGAGAGCUCUGCCGUCCCAUUCACCGGGGUGCAAGAGCUGGAGGAGGCAGGGAGCAAUGACACUCCAGUUGCGGCACAUCAAGAAAUGUCAAUGGAAUCGUGGAUGAUGCCAAAUCACAUCAGGCAGAAGCGUCAAAGCCACCUCUCCUUGUGCCGCUGGUGCUGCAACUGCUGCAAGGGUAACAAGGGCUGUGGCUUCUGCUGCAGGUUCUGAGGAUUCCUGCAACAACCAUGAAAUAUUAAUUUAUUACGCUUUUUGUCUUAUCCCAAGAAAUGACCAUUUCUUGACCUCUUUCUCCAAUGCAUUUCCUUUUGCUACACUAUUUUGUAUCAUUUUUAUGAUUCUCGGAAGAACACUGGAAAAGAAUGAAGAGCUAUUCUUUGUAUUUAUUUUGUAUGUUCUAAUACUUGCACCCUGUAACAUUUGUAAGCUCAAUCAUGUGUAAAUUUGUUUCUAAAAAUAAUUCAGAUGUGACUUUGUGUUUCUUUUAUCUAAAUUAAGUCUUAACAAGUUCAUAUUUGCUGCUGAAUAAAUAAUGAACAUUUGAAGCAA